CAUUUGCUAAACUAGGCGCCAACUCCUCGCCGCCUCCCGCGAUUUCCUCCCCAAUCCAUUUCGCUCCUCUUCCGCCCCGUCGACGAACAGAGCGGUCCGUGCCAUGCCGCGGCAGGGGCGACGGGGAAGAGGGCGCGACCGGCCGGGCCGCGCCUGAGCGACGUGGGGUGAUCGGGCGGCGCCAAUGGACGAGUCCGGAGAUGCCGGCAGGGGAGGGAGGGGCGGCGGGAGGUCGAGGCAGAAUGGGGGCCGCUCGUCGGUUCGGCUCGGCGUGCGGAUGGAGUUCAGGUUCUCCAGCUUCCACGCCGUUCAGGUACCAGUAGUAUCAGACAGGCUGCUCAUUACAAUCACAUCAGUAGACAGUGGAAAAACAAUUGCCAAGUCAAGUAAAGCGGCUGCUAUUAAUGGAGCCUGUCAAUGGCAUGACUCCAUCCUGCAAGCAAUUCGGUUUCCUAAAGAUGAAGUGUCACAAGAAUUUCAGGAGUGCCAGUGCAAGAUUGUUGUUUCCAUGGGAUCAACAAGAACUGCUGUUCUUGGGGAAGCGUACCUAAAUCUGACGAACUAUCUCAGUUCAUCAGACUCCACUGACAUCUCUUUGCCAUUGAAGAAGUGCAAUUCUGGCACAGUUUUACAGCUUAAGAUUCAAUGUCUUGGCGCAAAAUCUAAAUCAAGUGGGAAAUCAUGGAAAGAGCUAUCUUCUAAUCUUAAGGAGAGUCCAACCAAUGAUGAGAUGGACAAAAAGCCAGACGUCUUUGACAUUCUGUUGAAGUUGAACAAGGGUGCUCAAUCUUUAUCAGAAAAUAAUUUAGAAGCUGAUAAUGCAGAUGAAUCUGGAAAUAGGGAUGCAAGUUUGUCAGCAUCAAAGUCUCAUGGUGAUGAUUCAUCCAAAAAUCACCUUGACACCGCCGAAGAACAACUUGAGGAAUUACGUAACGCGGCAAAAAUGUGGGAGAGACAUUCUCGCAAGUUGAAAAUUGAACGGAAGACAUUGAAGAAUGAGUGUGCUGACAAAUCCAAGCAACAGGCUGAGCUAGAACGGCAACUUUCUGCUUCACUUUCUGAACAGGAUUCCUUGAGGCAAGAAAUUGAACAAGUAACAGCCCAACUGAACAAGACCCAAGAGACCAAUAUAGAGCUUGUUUCCAUUCUCCAAGAACUGGAAGAAACGAUAGAACUGCAGAGAGUGGAAAUGUCCAAACUUCCCCAAGUGAGUGAUGUGGCUGACCACGAGGUCUCCAAAAGUGAAUCGACAGUUCAAGAAGCUGCAGAAUGGGCUAGAAUACUGUCACAAAAAGAAGAUGAAAUCACAGUGUUGAGGGAGAAACUGAACCGUGUUCUCAAAAUGGAGAAUGCAGAUGGUGCAGGCCCAGAUGCUAUUUAUCUUGAAUUGGAAAAAGAAAAUGAUUUUUUGAAGGUCAAAAUGCAGGAGCUUGAGAAUGACUGUUCUGAAUUAACGGAGGAAAAUUUCAGGCUUAUAUACAAGUUGAAAGAAGCGAGUGGGGUGGCGAAAGAAGAGGAUCCCUGCAUUUCUAAUAGUGAAGAAAUGCCCAAUGUGGGGAGCCCAACAUAUAAGAUAAAACACCUAGAGAGAAAAUGUGCUGACCUUGAGUUGAAUCUGGAGAAUUUUAGGUCCGAGUUCAGUGGGCUAGAAGAGAAGUUCCAGAAAAGCCAAGAGGAGUUAAAAGAGAGAACACUUGAAUUAUCUGAGCUGAGGGAAAAGCUCUCCCAUGCCACUGAACUGGAGGGGGCUGACACUGGUAGUUCAAAACAUUACAGACUGAGAAGUGAAGAACCUGAUGAUACUGAAACUGACUUAGAUGUGUUGAAGCGUACAGUUCAGCUGAAAGAACAAGAGAUCGAUGGUUUGCAACACUAUACGAGAGAAAUGGAGAACACCAUUGCUGAUAUUCAGAAAGAGAAGAGUCAGUUAGAGGAACGUUUGGCAGCAUCACUUCAAGAAAGUAGCAUGACUUCAAAAUGCUUGGUUGAAGCGCAUGAAGAUCUCAUGCUUACCAGCAGUGUAGAUUCCCAUGUUUCUGCCAAUGAGGUUCUCGAAACAAAGAUCAGUGAGCUUGUGCAUACAGUUCAGCUGAAAGAACAAGAGAUCGAUGGUUUGCAACACUGUAUGAGAGAAAUGGAGAACACCAUUGCUGAUAUUCAGAAAGAGAAGAGUCAGUUAGAGGAACGUUUGGCAGCAUCACUUCAAGAAAGUAGCAUGACUUCAAAAUGCUUGGUUGAAGCGCAUGAAGAUCUCAUGCUUACCAGCAGUGUAGAUUCCCAUGCUUCUGCCAAUGAGGUUCUCGAAACAAAGAUCAGUGAGCUUGUGCAUACAGUUCAGCUGAAAGAACAAGAGAUCGAUGGUUUGCAACACUGUAUGAGAGAAAUGGAGAACACCAUUGCUGAUAUUCAGAAAGAGAAGAGUCAGUUAGAGGAACGUUUGGCAGCAUCACUUCAAGAAAGUAGCAUGACUUCAAAAUGCUUGGUUGAAGCGCAUGAAGAUCUCGUGCUUACCAGCAGUGUAGAUUCCCAUGUUUCUGCCAAUGAGGUUCUCGAAACAAAGAUCAGUGAGCGUGCAGUUAUGCUGAAAGAACAGGAGAUCGAUGGUUCGCAACAUUGUGCGAGAGAAAUGGAGAACACCAUUGCUGAUAUUCAGAAGAAGAGUCAGUUAGAGGAACGUUUGGCAGCAUCACUUGAAGAAAGUAGCAUGAAUUCAAAAUGCUUGGAUGAAGCGCGUGAAAAUCUCCUUGUGCUUACCAGCAGUGUAGAUUCCCAUGUUUCUGCCAAUGAGGUUCUCGAAACAAAGAUCAGUGAGCUUGUGCGCACAGUUAUGCUGAAAGAACAGGAGAUCGAUAGUUUGCAACAUUGUAGGGGAGAAAUGGAGAACACCAUUGCUGAUAUUCAGAAGGAGAAGAGUCAGUUAGAGGAACGUUUGGCAGCAUCACUUGAAGAAACUAGCAUGACUUCAAAAUGGUUGGAUGAAGCGCGAGAAGAACUCCUUGUGCUUACCAGCAGUGUAGAAUCCCAUGUUUCUGCCAAUGAGGUUCACGAAACAAAGAUCAGUGAGCUUGUGCGUACAGUUAUGCUGAAAGAACAGGAGAUCGAUGGUUUGCAGCUUUGUACUAGAGAAAUGGAGAACACCGUUGCUGAUAUUCAGAAGGAGAAGAGUCAGUUAGAGGAACGUUUGGCAGCAUCACUUGAAGAAAGUAGCACGACUUCAAAAUUGUUGGAUGAAGUGCGGGAAGAUCUCCUUGUGCUUAGCAGCAGUGUAGAUUCGCAUGUUUCUGCCAAUGGGGUUCUCGAAACAAAGAUCAAUGAGCUUGUGCGUACAGUUAUCCUGAAAGAACAGGAGAUCAAUGGUCUGCAACAUUGUACGACAGAAAUGGAGAACACUAUUUCUGAUAUUCAGAAGGAGAAGGAUCAGCUAGAGGAACGUCUGGCAGCAUCACUUGAAGAAAGUAGCAUGACAUCAAAAUGCUUGGAUGAAGCGCGAGAAGAUCUCCUUGUGCUUACCAGUAGCGUAGAUUCUCAUGCUUCUGCCAAUAAGGUUCUCGAAACAAAGAUUAGCGAGCUUGAAAGCCGCAAAGUUGAACUAGAGUUGCUUGUAACAAAGCUGGAACAAGAGAAUAUUGAGUUUUCCGAGUUCAUAUCUGAACUAGAGGCUCAGUUGACUUCUCUCACAAGUGAAGAGGAGUCAACCAGGCUAGAAAUGGAUUAUUCUAUAGCACUUAUCGCAAAUCUUAAGGAUUUAGUAGAACAGCAGCAAGCAGAGAUGGAAGCUCAAAAGCUGGAAAUGAAGCAAAAGCAUUUGGAGUCCCAAACUAGAUUGUCAGAAGUACAAGAGGAUUCGGAGGCUCUAAGAAGAUCAAAUGCAAAACUACAGGCCACAAUUGAUAGUGUUGCUGAAGAAUGCAGUUCUCUUCAGACUCUAACAACUGACCUAAAGAAGCAGAAGCUGGAAUUACAUGACCAUUGUGCACAGCUGGAGCAGCAAUUAGAUCAAUCAAAAAGGAAGACAAUGGAUUUGUUCGAAACAGCAGAGUUCCUAGAGGCAAAACUCUCUACACUUCAAAAAGAGGUAACUUUAAAAGAGCAAUCUUUGCUUUCAGAGCUGGAGAAUAUAUUCCAGGAGCACAAGGAACACGAAGAAAGGAUAAAUAGUGCACAUUUCCUUUUACACAAGAUAGAGAACGAAAAGAUUGGUGAAGUGAAGAAUCUUGAGAGGGAGGUCAUGAGCCUUACUGCACAGCUGUCCUCCACAGAUGGGGAGAAAGAAAGUGCUGCCUUGGAUAGCAUACAUGAGGUCUCCAUCCUGCGAGCAGACAAGGCUAAACUUGAGGCUAACCUUGAAGAUGUCAGUGCACAAAUGAGACAUUAUCAGUCUCAGUUGGAAGAUCUUCGUACAGAGUCUAAAACCAAAAUUAAAGGCCUGAUUGAUUCGCUUAACGCAUCCAAACAUAAUGAGGAAACGCUGACAACAGAUGUUGAGCAUAUGACAAGAUUGAUGGAAGCUGCUAGAUCCAAUGAAGAAAACUUAAGGAAAACUUCAGACGAACUAGAGUUGAAGUAUAAAUCCAGUGAUUAUGAGAAACAGGAAGUAAUGGAGGAAAUUUCUGGACUAAAAAUCCAGGUUAGCAAAAUGGCAAGCAUCCAAGAUGAAGUUUUCAAACUACAAAGUUCUCUUGAUCAGGCUAAGUUUGAAAAGACAAAAUUAGAAGAGCGUCUGCAGUCACUAUCUGAAGAAUGUGAAGAACUAAAGGUGCAGAAUGCCAUGUUAACAGACAAAGUCUCUUGUAUCCAGAGUACUUUGCAUGAUGCUGAUGAAGAAAAUCGUCAUAAAUCCACUCAAGCAAAGCUUGUAGUAAAUAAGGGUAAUGACGACGCUGCUAAUGACAAUGGAGGUACUCAUGUUAAUGAAGAUCUAGACAUUCACUCAAAGCUAGAAUUACUGGAGACUAGACUUGCUGAUGCAUUGGAGGAAAAUAAAUCAUAUAGGGCGCAGCUGCAAAGUCCAACGGGAGAGGGACAACUCGGUAGCAGGGAUGAAAAGGAUAACAAGGAUGGGAACAGGAUAGCACAACUGGAGUCAGAGCUAAAAGACAUGCAGGAUCGGUUACUCAACGUGAGCAUGCAAUAUGCAGAAGUGGAGGCUCAACGAGAAGAACUAGUUAUGGAGUUGAAAAGUGCAACUGCAAGGAAGGGACGAUGGUUCUAGGGGAUGACGAGCAACUGUGUGCCAUAACCGUAAGGCCCACAGUCCACAGUACAGGACAUAUUUUGUUGACAUCGGAGGGUACCGGCAUUCCCAGACAACCACCGUGCAAGAGCUGAGUAAUUCCAAGCAAGUGCAGAACUGGAUAUGUGCUCUGAGCUGCACCGGAAGCUGUGCCCCCCAAAGAAUAAAAUGCUCAUGGUUCUCACUUCUCAGGUCUCAGUGAUGAAGCAAUCACAUGGCAACAACAACCAUUCACAGUUAGCAGUUGGGAGGCCCUACUGCACUUAGUCUCAACCGAUUAUUAGUUGUCGCAAGCAUAUGUGGUGCUAGGGGAUAGCCUAAAAUUCAUCGGUUCAUAUAACCACACAGACCACUCUUCCCUUUACACAGAGCCAACAUAACCGUUGGUUAGUUCAUCUUUGUAAAUUAAUCAACUGCUGAUAAGUGUAGUUUCUCUUGCUGAAUUGUAUAGUUGCUCAUGUGAUAUCCUUUUGUAGGCUAAUGUUCUUUCACAUGUAAUAUAGUACUCACUCCGUCCCAAAAUAAGUGUCUUAACUUUAGUACAAAGUUGAGACACUUAUUUUGAGACGGAGGGAGUAUAUGCACAUAGUC